UUUCAAAACAUUGAGGAUUGCUCAUUAGUGAUUUAUUGAAUAUUAAAGGCUUAAGAGAUAUCCUGCGACUGUCAAUUGGAUUCAUUUAAUUAAAUAUAAUAUAAAGGUUAUAAUCAGAUAGUUAAAAGGUAACUAGAGUUGAUUAAUUAAGAUUUAAAGCAAAAUUCCCGAGAAAAAAAAUCAAGGACCGUGAUGUCAUAAUUUCACAACAAUUUGAAAGAUCCAGAAUUAAUUUAUAUAGUCGAUAAAUAUCCACACCAUGGAUUUUCCUCCAGAAAUCAUCAAAUCAAUUUUAAAUCAUUUGGAACUAAAUGAUCUUAAAAAAUGCCUUCUUGUGUCCAAAGAAAUAAAUCAAUUAAUUAUUAAGUCCCCAGAACUAAUGAGAAAGUUCGACGUAAUCUUAUUUCAUGAGACGUGGAAAGAGAAAUUACCGUUUAUUAAAAAGUUUGGAUUUUUCAUCCGUUCCUUAAGAUUUCAGGAUGUUGGAUUUGAUGAUGAGAAUCAGUUUAAAAGGAUCUUAAGGGAAACACCAAAUCUAGAAAGAUUAUCAUUUACAGAUUGCUAUAUUAUGGAACGCGAUGAAGACAGGCACGAACACAAUGAAGAAAUGAAUGUUGAACAUCCAGAAAACGAAGAAAUAAUAGAAAAUAUAGUAGAUAAUAACGAUGAGAAUCACAACAUCGAGCCAAAUGCCCAGGAAGAACAACCACCAGAUAUAAACGAGAUACAAAAUGAUAUUCAAAUCAUGGAUGUUGAUUUAGAGGAACCAAAUGUUCAAAUUAAUCCAAAUAAUGCCAAUAUAGAGGAAAUGGCAAUAGAAAUUGUCGAUGUAAUCGAUGAAGCUGAGAAUGUCCAAAAUGCUGAUUUAAUGGUUGCCGAAAAUAACCCAAUGGCUGCACAUAAUAUAGAUAAUCAAGAUAUGGCACCAGAAAAUGUAGAUAAUCAGGAACAAGCUUUAGACAAUGAAGCUAUGGCAAUUGAGAACAAUCCAAAUAAUGAAAUGGUAGCCGAAAGUAAAGCAACCGAUGAGCAAAAGGAUCCCGAAGAAGAUCCAGUAACUGAAACAGAAAUAGACUUAAAUUAUUUGACAUACUUGCAUCUCGAGUCGAGUAGUAUUGCAGAGAGUGUUAUUAGAUACAUAAAGAAUUGCAACAAACUUAAAUAUCUAAAACUUACAUUUUAUUAUCAAGAACCCAAGACUGAAUUUACAAAUUUUGUGUGCCAGCAAGACAAUUUAAAAGAACUAAUACUACAAGGAUAUAGUGAUAUGAUGUAUAAGAGCCUAUUUCACGUUGAUAUUAACGAAAAUGUUAAAUUCAAGCUCAAGACGCUCUCAUUGGAAUGUGAAUUAAGCUACAAUCGUCACUUUUCAAACUUUUUUCGUGCACAAUCUGAGAGUAUCAAGGAUUUAAUAAUUUCAUGCUACAACAUUGAUUUUCACUUUUGUCGAGUGCUAUUUAAUAAUUUUAAGAAAUUAGAGAAGCUAUCGUUGCCAUCAGAUUGGACAUUAAAUGACACGAGAGUUAAUAUAAUUAAAAAUUGCAGAUUAGAUAGUGUAAAGGAACUAGAACUUGUUGGAUCUAACGAUGAUUUAGAGACAUUCAAGACAUUUAUUAACAUUUUUCCCAACAUAGAGUCACUGAAAUGUGAAAACUUAUCAAGUUUUUCACUUUAUGGGAUUUUAGAGAACUUCCACAAACUCAAAUUCAUCCAUGCUGAUAGCUUUAGGUGCGACACAAUGUUAUUUGUGAAUAUGCCGUCAUUAAAGACUUUAGAAAUUGAUUUUCUAAGUCCAACUGGAAGUAAUUUUUAUUGGGACAAGCUGACGCAUGACUGUCCAAAUAUUGAGAACCUUUACAUUGAGGAUAUUGGAAAUUUUAAGCUUAAUGCAUCGAUUAAAAUUGAAUUCAGUAUAAUUAUUCGAAAUUUAACAAAUUGGAAGCAUUUGAAAGUUUGUAGGAUCGCAUGCUGUCCGCCUGAUAAUUCAUUAAAUCCUGACGAAGAUGCUAAUGAGAAUGAACGAAUUCAGGAUCAAAAUCCAUUUUAUAAAGUUGAAAUUAAUAUCGAGGAGAAGACAAUAAAAGUAUCCAACUACUUUGUUAAUCAUUGUAAUGAGGAGGUCGAAUUAAUUAGAGAAAUAUUCAAGGAAUGUGAUAUCAGUGAACUUUAAUCUUCUUUUUGUUGUUAUCAAUCUUUAAGUAAUAAAUUAACAUAUUUUUCCAAAAAUAUUAAAAACAUUGAGUUUUUGGAUUUGGGUGCUUUUUUGCUGUUCCAGUCAUGGCAACACGCUAAUU